AUUGGCUCGCCGGAGAUGUCCCGCUAAUCCUUAUUUAGAUAAUCGAUAAACGUCAAUAUUUUAAAUUGCAAAGCUGACAGGUGGAAACAGCUGUGCAGGUGUAAAAACAAAACAAAUACUAUUGACAAUUAUUCAAUUGUUCAGACAACAAAACGAACACAACAAAAAUGUUGCGUAAAACAUUGUCCAGUUGGACACGUCCCUCACAGCUGUGCCGGCAGAUGUCCGUUGUGGCCAAAUCACUGAAAUACACACAGCACGGUGAGCCGCAAGAUGUGUUGAAAUUGGUGGAGGAUAAACUGGCGGAUCCGCAGGACAAACAGGUGCUGGUCAAAAUUCUGGCCGCUCCCAUCAAUCCCGCUGACAUCAACACCAUACAAGGCAAAUAUCCCGUGAAACCCAAAUUUCCGGCAAUAGCUGGCAAUGAGUUUGUCGGCGAAGUGGUGUGUGUGGGCAAGGAGGUGAAGGAUUUGCAGCCGGGUGAGCAUGUGGUGCCGCUAGCCACCGGAUUGGGCACCUGGGCAACACACGCUGUCUACAAUGAGGAUCAAUUGCUGGCGAUAUCCAAUAAAGUUGGCUUAGCGGAGGCGGCAACAAUUACCGUAAAUCCCUGUACCGCAUAUCGCAUGCUCAAGGACUUUGUGCAGCUAUCGCCGGGCGACACUGUGAUACAGAAUGGAGCCAACAGUGCGGUUGGUCAGGCGGUGCACCAACUGUGCCGCGCUUGGGGCAUCAAUAGUGUAGGCAUUGUGCGCAAUCGCCCAGAGAUUGGCGAACUGAAGCAGUUACUCGAAUGCCUGGGCGCCACUGCUGUGCUCACCGAGGAGGAGUUGCGCACCAGCGACAUCUUCAAGUCGGGCCAACUCAAGCGGCCCAAGCUCGCCUUCAAUUGUGUGGGCGGCAAGAGUGCGACGGAGGUGUCCCGUCAUUUGGACAACGGCGGCGUUGUGGUCACCUACGGUGGCAUGUCUCGCGAACCAGUAACUGUCGCUACCGGUCCACUAAUCUUCAAGGACAUUGCAUUUAGGGGUUUUUGGAUGACACGCUGGUCCAAAGAGCACUACAACACGCCGGAGCGCAAGCAGAUGUUCCAAGAUCUCUGCCAGCUGAUGGUUCAAGGCAAAUUUAUUGCUCCAACGCAUGAAAUGGUGCCACUGGAUCAGUUCAAAAAUGCAACAGCCGCUUCGCUCAAUUUCAAGGGCUUCACGGGCAAGAAGUUCAUCCUGAACAUGAGCUGUUGAAUGUGAUCCAUUCGUUAUCUUCUUUGUUAUCCAUGUGAAAUUUCAGCCAUAAAACUGCUUUUUCUGAUUUGGUAAAAAAUACAUACAAAAUGUACAAUCCA